GUGACGUCGACCAGGAGAACAGUUCUCGACGGCACGAGCCGUCACGACACACAUGCGAUCGACACUCGCCGCGUCCUAAACGUAGUACGUGACCGGAUGCUGAGAAACAGUGAGAGACGAACGACGAGUCCCAAAGUGCCUUCCUCGCUCGCGAAAGCGUCGCUGAUCUUCGGGUCGAGUGACCGACAUUUUUUAGACUCGUUGACCGGAAAGUACUGAAUUUUUUAUUUUUUUUUUUUACCAGAUUGACUGUAAAUCUAUCCAGGAACGCGUUUUGUGACACUUGCCGGAUUUAUAUUUUGAGCGGAUACAGAGAGAACCGGGGAGAGAAGCUGUUGGUCAUCUCUCGACUGAUUGGCGCUCAAAAGCUCGCUGUGGCGCUUUUCUAAUCGAGCGAUCGCAAGGCCGCGAACUUUUUGUGAAACGCGAGCGUUCUUUCGUGUUCACAGAAACGGCUUUUUUUUCUUUUUUAAUUUUAACUACCAACACGCAAAUCUCUGUGUUGUGUGGCAUAUGUGGGAAGUAAAUUCGUCAGAACGAGUGCGUUUUUUUUUCGCGGCGUGUGCAUCGAGUUCGAUUCAAUUUCCUCGCCAGUUGAUCGUCCGAUCGAAGACUCUUCUCGACGACCUUGACCCUACGGGGGGAGUAGCCGCGACUACGUUGGCCAGUCGACGUGAACGCACGCCGGGUAAGCUUCGGGAAUUCACACGGACUGUCGAUAAUAAAUCAAAAAGAGACAAGAAACGAGGGGAUCGUGGAGCGAAAAGUUUUGCCGCUGGAAUUUCCAGCGUGACGCGAUGCGGUCGCGAUGACGCAAACAACUACAGAAGCGACGAUUGACGGAGAAAGUCCCGGAUCGAGAUCCUCUUGUUUAUCUCGAGUACGAGAAAGAAACGGCGCGCGUACAACGAACUCCCGCCAAUGAUUACCGAUUGCGAGCGCGUCGAAUGAAAGUUCUACUAUGCUAAGUUAUGACGACGAAGAACCGACGUCUUCAAGCCUGCACCCACGAGACCUGAUAACGUGGGAGCCGAUCGGUGAAACUUGGCGGUGUGCGAGGGUGGUGUCCGCGGACACCAAAAGCUGGGGCACCUCGAGGACGAGGAGGAGGUCCUGGAGGAGGAGGAGGUGGCUCGCAGGCGGCAGGGAAGGUCGGAGGUGACUACCCACCCCACAUGGACGCCACCCCCAAAGGACCCCCCGUACCCCCCACACCGGAUAUCCUCUCGUCAUUAUCUCGCCGCAGAAUAUCCGACUUGAACGGUGCCUUACGUCGCCGUCGAAAAUCCAGCGGGAAUUCCUCAUCAUCGUUCGUCUUCGUUCGUGCGCGGAGAACGUCAUUGUCAUCAGCGCCGUCAUUUCCGUCGUCGUCACCUACGUGCCUCGGUUCUCUUCGUCCUCUGCGUUUCGCGGUGGAAGGACCACUAUCGCCGAUUCUUCAUUGUUUUUCCAGCGUCCCGCGAUCAGGAGAUUGUCGCGGUCAAGAAUCGUUUAUCGUUGCUGGCAGCGACACCGUCAUCCUGCUCGUAGACAAUUCUACGGGACACCUGGACACGACGGCACUACCGACCGGUUGCCGGGAAGAAUUUUGUACGCAUUGCGUUUUUACACCGCGUCGACGCGCGUUUGAUGCUAACUUCACGACAACAACAGCUGACCAGCGUCGCGUCGGGAGAUCGCUCCGUGUAACGACCGCUAUCUUCCACGUCGGCGGACAUAUCGACAGACUCCGUCCACAAGCGCCUAACUCGAAAGUACAGCCUAAAUCUAAAUCACGCGAACAAUGUCGCGCAGCGCCACGCGGCCUAUGCAAGAAACAGAGAGGCGGAUUCGCGCCAACAAUCGCGAGUACAACUCACAAUUUAAUUAUGCGAACAAUUACAUCAAGACGUCCAAGUAUUCGGUUCUGACGUUCCUACCGCUAAAUUUGUUCGAGCAAUUUCAACGGCUCGCUAACUUUUAUUUCCUAUGCCUGUUGGUGCUCCAGAUGAUCCCCGCCAUAUCCUCUUUAACCCCUAUCACCACAGCCAUACCGCUUAUAGGGGUACUCACGCUCACUGCCGUCAAAGAUGCCUAUGACGACUUUCAACGGCAUAGCAACGAUUCUCAAGUAAACAAUAGAAAAUCCCAUACAUUGCGGGGUACUAAUCUUCGCGAGGAGAAAUGGUCGCAGGUUCAAGUGGGCGACGUAAUCAGAAUGGAGAACGAUCAAUUUGUCGCGGCGGACGUCCUGCUCCUGACGACGAGCGAGCCAAACGGUCUCUGUUACAUCGAAACGGCAGAAUUGGACGGGGAGACAAACCUCAAGUGUCGUCAGUGCUUGCCCGAGACCGCCGAGAUGAUGGAUAAUCACGAGUUGAUCGGCCAGUUCGACGGAGAGAUCGUUUGCGAAACUCCUAAUAAUUUGUUAAAUAAAUUCGACGGAACGCUUACAUGGAAAGGACGAAAGUACGCGUUGGAUAACGACAAGAUUAUUUUACGGGGUUGCGUGCUGAGGAACACGCAGUGGUGCUAUGGCAUGGUGAUCUUUGCGGGCAAGGAUACCAAAUUGAUGCAAAACUCAGGGAAGACCAAAUUUAAGAGGACCUCUAUAGAUAGGCUGCUGAAUCUCCUCAUCAUCGGGAUAGUGUUUUUUUUACUUUCCUUGUGUCUGUUCUGCAUGGUCGGCUGUGGUAUUUGGGAAAGCUUGGUGGGCCGUUACUUCCAAGUGUAUCUACCGUGGGACUCGUUAGUGCCGAGCGAGCCUAUCACCGGUGCCACAGUGAUCGCCCUGCUCGUGUUCUUUUCGUACUCUAUCGUGCUGAACACAGUGGUGCCAAUCAGUUUGUACGUGAGUGUCGAGGUCAUCCGAUUCGUUCAGUCGUUUUUGAUAAAUUGGGAUGAGGAGAUGUACUACGCGCCCACGAAAACGCACGCUAAAGCUAGGACUACCACGUUAAACGAGGAGUUGGGCCAAAUAGAGUACAUAUUUUCCGAUAAGACCGGGACAUUGACGCAGAACAUAAUGACUUUCAACAAGUGUUCUGUGGCGGGCAAAUGUUACGGCGACGUCAUCGAUGAGAUUACCGGCGAGGUCAUCGAUUUGAGCGAGACGGACAGAGCUGUACGAACGCCGACGAUGCGAUGGAAAAGCGGACAGGAAUUCGUACGUCCAGUUUAUACACCAUUAAGUGGUCCGAAUGUACGUCUUCUGGAACAAGACAGAGUGUCCUAUGCAACACCGGAACCCGGCAUCAACGGCAGCCCAAAGAUUCCGCACAAGUCUUCAACAAUGCCACCCUUGGAUUUCUCGUUCAACAAGGACUACGAGCCCGACUUCAAAUUCUACGAUCCCGCGCUACUCGAGGCCGUCAAGCGAGAGAAUCAGGAUGUUCACAGUUUUUUCCGACUGUUAGCACUCUGCCACACCGUAAUGCCGGAGGAAAAAAACGGCAAGAUCGAAUACCAAGCGCAGUCGCCCGACGAGGCUGCGUUGGUGUCCGCCGCUAGAAACUUCGGUUUCGUCUUCAAGGAGAGAUCGCCCAACAGUAUAACAAUCGAAGUAAUGGGAAAGAAAGAGAUUUACGAACUGCUCUGUAUUUUGGACUUCAAUAACAUGCGGAAGAGAAUGUCCGUGAUUUUGCGAAAAGACGGCCAUCUUCGAUUGUAUUGCAAAGGUGCGGAUAACGUUAUUUACGAGCGACUGAAGAAGGACAGCGAGGAGAUAAUGACGAAAACGUUGGAUCACCUGAAUAAGUUUGCGGGUGAAGGCUUGAGAACAUUGUGCCUUUCUGUGAGGGACUUGGACGAAAGUUUUUUCAACAAUUGGAAACAACGACAUCAAGAGGCGGCGUUGAGUCAUGAGAAUCGGGACGAUAAACUUGACGCGAUAUACGAGGAAAUAGAAAAAGAUAUGUCGUUAUUAGGUGCUACUGCCAUCGAGGAUAAAUUACAGGACGGUGUGCCCCAGACCAUUGCCAAUUUGGGUCUCGCUGGUAUUAAACUCUGGGUAUUAACUGGUGACAAACAGGAGACGGCCAUCAACAUCGGAUACUCAUGUCAAUUGCUGACAGACGAUCUCACGGAUGUUUUCGUGGUAGACGCCACCACUUACGACGGCGUCGAGGCGCAGUUAAUGCGAUAUUUGGAUACCAUUAAGACCGCAUCGACCCAACAGAAACGACCGACUCUCUCCAUCGUCACAUUCAGGUGGGACAAGGAAAGCAGUGAUACAGAAUACAAUCCUAGUAGGGAAGAACAGGAUGAACACGACAUGGAACAAUCGACGGGAUUCGCGGUGGUUAUCAAUGGACAUUCUUUGGUUCACGCGUUACAUCCGCAGCUGGAACAGCUGUUUCUCGAAGUUUCUAGCCAAUGUAAAGCUGUAAUAUGUUGUCGAGUGACGCCACUGCAGAAAGCGAUGGUCGUCGAAUUGAUCAAGAAAAACAAGUCUGCUGUAACUCUGGCAAUCGGCGAUGGAGCCAAUGACGUGUCGAUGAUAAAAACGGCUCACAUUGGCGUUGGCAUCAGUGGGCAAGAAGGAUUACAGGCUGUAUUGGCCUCCGACUAUUCGAUAGGACAGUUUAGGUUCUUGGAAAGAUUACUUCUGGUUCACGGCAGAUGGUCGUACUACAGAAUGAGCAAAUUUCUUAGGUAUUUUUUUUAUAAAAACUUCGCAUUUACUCUCUGCCACAUCUGGUUUGCCUUCUUUUGCGGAUUCAGUGCACAGACUGUGUUUGAUCCUAUGUACAUUUCCGUCUACAAUCUGUUUUAUACGUCGUUGCCGGUUUUAGCGGUUGGAAUUUUUGAUCAGGAUGUUAAUGACAAGAAUAGUCUAAUGUAUCCGAAGUUGUACGCUCCGGGACUCCAGAAUUUGCUCUUCAAUAAAAAGGAAUUUUGUUGGAGCGCUCUACAUGGGUUUUACGCUAGCUGUGUAUUAUUUUUAGUACCUUACGGGACAUAUAAGGACGGGGUGUCACCAAAAGGUUACGUACUUUCCGAUCACAUGCUGCUGGGCAGUGUAGUAGCCACUAUAUUAGUUAUAGUCGUGACCGUUCAAAUAGCCCUCGACACAUCGUACUGGACAGUUUUCAAUCAUAUUAUGGUGUGGGGCUCGCUCAUCUGGUAUUUUAUUUUAGAUUAUUUCUACAACUUUGUCAUAGGCGGUAGUUACGUCGGCAGUCUGACGAUGGCCAUGUCGGAGGCGACGUUUUGGUUUACCACGGUAAUAUCGUGUAUAAUUCUCGUGAUACCGGUACUGUCGUGGCGAUUCUUCUUCAUGGAUGUCAGACCGACAUUGUCUGACCGAGUCAGAUUGAAGCAGAGACUGGCGCAACUACGUUCCCGUCAAAGCCAGGACAUACUGCGUACACCGUCUACGAGGCGUACGCGACGAUCUCUACGCUCGGGCUACGCUUUCGCUCACCAAGAGGGCUUUGGCAGACUCAUCACGUCCGGGAAAAUUAUGCGCAAAUUGCCAAAUGGUGCUGAUUUUAAGUUUUCUAUGCCGUUUACAAAUAACGUCACGAAGCAGGUUAACGUUGCCACUACGUCACCGAAGGACAACAGUGCAUCUAGAAAUUCGCACACGCUGGACACGAUUAAUUUAUAAUAGUGCGUUAAACAUCUCGUUGAUCGACUCUCGGCAGAUGAGUCCAAAAAAACGCAGGUGAUUCAAGCGAAUGUUGUUUUCGUUUUCUUAAUUUACUUAUUUAUGAAUGUUAAAGGUCAAAAUUUAACGCGGCAAAUUUAUUGAUUUCGGUGUAUCCCAUUGAAAUCGUGAUUCUCUUGAUAUUUGUUUCGUAAUUGAGAGGCACAAGUGAUAUAGUAUUUUGCAGUAUUGUUUUUUUUCUUUUUUUUUUCUUUUUUUUUUGAGAGAAAGCAAGAAAGAGAGAGAGAGAGAAAGGAUCUCGUAAAGAGUUGAUAUGUCUGUGAUUAUGUUACAUUUAAUUUAAACAUUUACAUUAAGGAAAAAAUUCGAACAACAUUAAAGAACUCCUAUUGCGAUCUAUAUCUAAGCGGAUGUCUGUGUGAACAACGAUAACGAUUAUCGAAAAAAUCGAAGUGCAAAUAUCUUCGUUAAUACAUACAUUUAACGCAAUGAAUUCCAGUGGGAUACAUUGAGUUACACACACCACGAUAGAAAGGUAGCAUAUGCUAUUUACAUCUAUACAUCUCUCUCUGUUUAAGCAUUUAUGAAUUUGUUAUUAUUAUUAAUUGUUUGUGUCUCAAACGUUGUGUAUUUACGUGUUCAAUAAUUUUUUUGUAAUUUAUAUCUUUUGCACAGUUUUUGUGAAAUAAGUACACGUGGAGGUAUUCAUAUUUGAUUUGAACUUCUGAUCACGCAAUUAUGUAUGUAAAUAAUAGUACGCUUUAUGAGAUAAUUGAAUAUACUGUAUGAGAAAAUAGCUUAUGCUACUGAAAUGUAGAUAUAUGUAUGUUUAUAACAGUCCUCGUAUAUAUGUGAGAACAAUCCUGAAAAUACCGACAUGUAUGUCGCGGACAAUCUUCGGUAUUUUUCGUUUGAUACAUAGAAAAACAAUUCUCAGACAUGAUUACACAGUCAUGCGGACAAGUGUAUUGCGAAAGAAGAACAAAUGCGAAAUUAUUUUCUUUUACUGAAAUUAAUACGUAUAUAUGAAUAUUAUCGGAACUUCUUUUUGUAAUUGAAC